ACAUGACCAUAAUUAUUGUGUGAUUGCUGUUGUUAACAACUUGCUUAUAUCAGGUAAUACCACAAUUUAAUCAGUGCAUUGCACUUUGGAUGGUACUCCUGAGUUUUGGGCAGUUUUUCUCUUACUACAGGGUCCGGCAUGCUGUAUGAUUGACAUUUAAAUUUAUUUGGAAGUUACAUGUGGUAGUGAAAGGAACUAGGAGAAUUGUAUGAGCUGUAAAAUUUAUUUGACCACUUCUUUUAGAUGGAAGCUUCAACAUGACACUGCUUCAGUGUUAAUUAAUGUAUUGAAGUGGUAAAUUUGGGUAGUAUUCAGAAACUUACUAAGGCAGCAUGGUGUGGUCAUUAUUUGUGGCCAAGAGAUUUCUUUUUAGUAGGUGGUAUUGUCACAGCAGUGUAACAUCAGAGCUUUUGAGUCUUUUGAAUUUGUUGUUGGUUCUAUUAUCUUAGUGAGAUCAGGCAAGGGGCAGCUUUUGUGUCAAUUGUCUUUUAAAUGACACAGUGCAGUUAGUGUGGUGAGAGAUUUGCAUCCAUAUUUUUGUUUGUAGAUGCAUGCAAUUGGUUAAAAUAAUUCAGUUUAGACUACCGUAUACCAGGUUUAUACUUGGUGAUCUAUACUGUGCAGACUGACUAAUUAUUUUAAGAUCAGAUACGUUUUACACCAUUUUUCUUGUGUUGUAGAUUAAGCAAUGGCAUAAGCAUGUUUUUUCUACAUCCAGUGCUUAGGCCAAUGUUGAUAUUUAAAAUUCUAACAAGGUGCCCAGGCUUAGGAGAGUGGAUUAAACAAAAGAGGUCACAUUGAUGUUGGGACAAUAAUUAACAAUUUCCUUUGUUUUAUUUUCCUUUUUGCCCAGGCUCAAUAUGUUAGAUUAAUUAAAUCAAAACUGCCCAAUCAUCAAAUAUUACCACUGACAGUUACAACUGGUGCCUAUAGAGGCAUGUAUUAUCUUAGAAUGUCCUUUAUGACCUGUCAGCUAUUUAGUGUUGUAAAUAAUAUAAUUUGUCACUACCAGGGACAAAGGGUUUUCGGGUUUUUUCUGAAAUGGUCUUGUGAACCGUAAAUUCUGACAUGUUUUUAAUAUAGGUAUAUUAUUGAGGAAAGAAGAAUAUUGUUAAGAAUGUGAAUGGUAUAAGUUGGUGUAGAAUUUUAGAUUUUGAUAGUUUGCUGUCGGCAAGGUUAUGUGUCAUAACACUCAGUUUGAACUGUCAUCUCUCAUCUGUUUAGCGAGUAAAUGGAAAAUUGAAAGGUACUGAAUUAUGAAAACUAGCAUCUAAUUUUUCACUGAAUUAGACUUUAUAAUUCGGGAUGAUGCUUCGUUGAAAGACUGCUCUUCAACAAUUCCCAGGCUUGGGAAAACCAAACUGGUUGGUGCAUUAACAUUGCUCAAUAUUCCUCAAAAAAAUUCCGCACCAAAAAUCUAUCUCUGAGUGACUGAGUGGUUUUACAAGCACACUUGCAAUUCCCCUUCAGAAUAAUAUUGAUUUUUCUCUAGGGAUAUUCCAGUGUAGGAGACUAAAUCUAUUUAUACCAGUUUAAACAAAUAUGUUGUUUUUGUUGAUUCAGUGUCUCGAUGUAUGCCAACAAGUUUUUGACUUGUUUUGAAAUGUAUUAUUUUGUACUGUGGCAUUUCUAUUCCUGAUAGAAGUUUUUACUUUAUUCCAUAUAUCUUUUAUUUAAAUUAUUUCUAAAAGUACAUGUAACCUUUUUAAUGUACACCACUAUUUUGUACUUUAACAGUUUUAAACUGGAAAUUGUUUGUUGUAUAUUUUCUUUUAAUGUUAUCACAGUUCUUCAGUUUGAUUUAACUUGUUUAUUUUCCUUUCUUAGACAUAGUCAAAAUACUGUGUGGCUGUACUGUCAACUAGGAAAAGAUUUCAUGUCUGGAGUAGUGUGUUUUCAAACAACACUUAUAGAAUUAAAGUUCUGUUAAGGACAAAACUACUUGUUUCUUAUACUUGUUUUUGAUAUCCUUUGUUUUUCCUUGUAUUCAGAGUAAAAAUAAUCAAAGAACUAAGAAAAAUCUGAAUGAAAAAUAUCAUUCAGUUUUGCUAUACUGUAUGUGAAAUUUGAAUAUGGGAUAUAUAAUUUUAUUAUAAUUAAUAACAGAGUCGCUUCAAGCAAUUGCAGCAAAGACUUGAAUUUUCUUAGUUCCAACUGCUCACCAGAUUUUGGCUGUUUUGAAAGAAACAAGAAAUUCUAUUCCUUUCUUUUUGAUAUUUUCUGCUUGGUUGUCUAGAGAUGCCUUUCAAGCCAUUGUUUACUGCUGCCAAACAUUCUGUGAAUAAGCUUUGUCAUGGAAAUUUGUCAUGCAUUUAAGAAAUCCAAUUUGCAUACAUUUGGUGUUUUUAUAGUCUUUGUUGAUAUUGUAGCUCCAAUGAAUGGAGCCAUUUUUGUGCAGCAGGUGACAGGCCAGUUGAGGAUCCAAUCACAGAGCUUGUUUCCUGAGAGCAGUGAGUGUUUACACUCCGUUUUUUGCUGUGUUCCAAUGAGCUCUAAGCAGCCUCAUUGUUCCCCAAGGCUGUUGACAAGAUUCAAAUUAAAAAGCCAUUGUAGGGUUACAAGGAAAAUGCAAUUAGGCUUAGUCACAUGUCAGAACAAACAACAGAAAGGAAUAAAUGUUUCAUGGGGCUUGCAUGUUUUGCAUAUGUUUUAAAAAGUCGUCUUCAGGCAAGAAGCUCAUGGCUUUUUCAGUGGGAUUAUUUUCACUCCAGUCUUUGUCUCAGCUGCUUUAAAAUAUUUGAGACUUUACCGUGAAAUCAUAGGAAAGAAGGGACGGCGAACAGGGUGAGUAAGUGAUGAAUAACACACUGAGGUAUCAUAGUGAGAAAGCCAAAAUGUUCAAAUCUUGGACCGUGCUGAGCAAUUACUGUGUGAGUCAGAAAACUGUGAACACCCUUAUUUGAUUCUGACUGGUCAAUUGUGUACUGACUAAUCACAAUAAAGUUUAUGACAUGCGAGCAAGCCUCAAAACUACCAACCAAAUUACUGUUUCUGUUUGCGGUUUAGUUUUCUCACAUCUAAUUGGCUUUUCCUUUGCUACACAAUAACAAUCUGGUGUUCAUGGUUUUCUGAGUUUCACUGUACAAUGCUAAAACAGUUAAGAAGAUGAGCAAGUCUAUGCAAGUGUUGGGGGCAACACCAGAUACAGGUAAUACACAGCCUGGGUGAAUGCGACAUGUACUUAGCAGAUACUUGUUGAUGUUUUGUUUUUCUAUAGGAUUUUUUUAACUCCAAUCACCAGGGCUGAGUUUUUCGAAAGCCGGUUAACACUAACCCUUGAUUAAACGUUAACUGAAGUAUUAACUUUUGUCAUGUAAAAGUGUUUUUCACUGCUUAUGUUUUGUGUAGUUUGAGAUUAUUGAAACUCAAAAUGGACAGGAAUACAGUAUUACCAGAAAACCUCACUGAAAAGUUACAAAAAUAAAAUCAUAAUUCUCGGUAAUCCGUGGGCAGUAUAAUUGGGCUUUGAACAACCCUUUGAAGGUUGAAGGACAUUUAAAUGUAGAUCAGUACUGUCUAUUACUCUGAACAAUAAAUUAUAUUCAUUAUAUUAUAAUAACCCGUCCAUUUUGCCCCAUGGCUAUUUGGCCAAAUCAUGUUAUCCACCAAGAAAGGAAAGUUGUGUCUUGCUAGUGGAUUUCAUCCUCCACUUGCUUGAUGGGCAAGUUAGGUUUUUUUUCUUUUGGUUUAAAAUUUGGAAAAAUUUGAAUUACAGAUUGAAGUGUUGUUAGAGAUUGAAUUUUAAUUUUAAUUAAAAAUUGGUUAAUUGUGCUGACUGGUGGGUAAUUUUUUUCCUUACUGCCUCAUGAAAAUGAACAUCAGGCAAGUACAUCCCAGUUCUGUUUGUGCUAGCUGAAAAACUGAUUUUCUGUCCACCCUGUUAUCACAAUUUUAUCAUCUUUGGACACUAAGUGGAUUCCAGAUUUUAAAUGAUAAGUUUAUUGUGUUCCAUGUAGAGUGUAAUUACUGCCCAGCUAGAGUAUAAAACUAACAAUAAUACUAAUCUGUAUUAUUUUCAGACUUUAACAGCUUUAUCUACAUGUAUGGCUGCAGUUUAUAAACGUUUUUGAAGUUUUGGCAUUUGCAAGAAUUUCUAAACUGGUUUUAAUCAGUUGUCUUUUGAUAUGACUAUGGAAUGAGAUGAGAAGUGCCAUCUUUUUAUAUACAGUGCUGUAUUUUGGUGAUUACAAUCUUCCUUACCAUGAGUGUGUGACAUCAAUCACAUUUUAAUAUUGUUUCAGUGAACACUUAAUGUCAUUAAGUCAACCUACCAGUAAUUAGUUUCAAGAGGUUGUUUAUUAAGAUUUCCCCCCAUUAAAUAACUCACAUGUAUGCAUUGCAUAUUUGUUUGUGAAUACCGGUUUUACAUUAAGCUGUUAGUGAAUUCAAGCAUGAAUACUCUGAAAUCUGCGUGGAAACUCACAGCAGGCCGCUCUGUAGGGUCUUGUUAAUUUGAAAAAUUAUUCCAGUGUUCAAGGCUACCAACUUCAUAUUUUCUGUUAUCUGAGAUCACUUCUUUCAAAUAUGUUUUCAAAUAAGUGAAAUAAACUGCAUGGAAUAAUGUAAAAUGGCACAACUGCGAAUUCAUUUCUUUAUGAAACAGAUCAGUUAGUUUUUUGAAAAUAAUAGUUAGUAUUUGUUCACAUGCAUGUGUUUCGCAAAAUCAUAUUAAUUUUCUGCUUUAUUUAGUGCAUGCUACACAAAAUAUAUAUGAAUCUGGCAUACCACUGUGAAAUUUUGGUUUUCUUUUAGAUAUUUUACUUUGAUCAGCAUGGUAUUAAUCUAUCAUCUGCCUGAAGUCAUGAAUUUAUAAAUAUCUAUAUUUUUUCUGGCUGUGCAUAAUAAUUACAAAUGUCCUGUUUGGCUAAAUUAGGGGGAGUAUGACAUAUGUAAACAUGUCAAACAUAGCAAUUUUGAUCUACUCAAGUUUUCUUUUCUUAGCCAUCUGACAGAUAGCUCUGACAACAAACAUGGGCAAAAUUAAUUUUAAAGGGAAAUUCUGAUGUCAAAAUGUGUACAUACAUAGGCACGAGUGAGAUGUAUGACAAUGAUAGUUACCACUAUGAAUUGUAUUUUAACACUUUGCUAAGUAAACAUGCUAAGGUAAUGUUUGCUAACAUGGAAAUAGCUCCACCAUAUAUGGAAAGUUGUGUAUUAAAUUUCUAUUAUUAUGAUUUGCUGAGUUAGAGAAAAUUAAAUAAACCAUGAGGCUGUUAUGUUAAUUAGCCAUACAGACCAGCUGGUGGUAUAAUGUUGGGGCCAUGUGAAGCAUAUUUAAUGAAGCACUGUAAUUGUAGCACUGUUUGGCUUCUUCUUUCUCUCUUCUGUUGCACCUUUUGUUUGUGUUUUUCAAUGCUCAAAACACAACAACAGCUCAGGCUGGGAGACUGUCUGUUUAAACUGUGACGACUGGGAGAAGCUUCUGAGUUAUUUUCAGAAGUCUACUAACAGUAAUGAGAAGAAGCUGUAUAAAUACCUGAAGAAUGAGCUCUAUCCAGCUGUAAUGCCAACAGUAAAGGAAGAUGAGAAAGAAAAGGAAUUGGAGACCUUAAAGAAGGAAAGAUCCUCAAAGGCACAUCAGAAGGCAACUUCAAGACACAAAACAGAUAAACAUGAAGCAAUGAGAAAGGAGGAAGAAAAAGUCAAGACAAAGGGUAACAAGCCAGAAGAAGCAGACGACAAGCACAGUGCACAGGAAGAAGAAGACGACGAUACCGUGGAAGAGGAUCAAGAAGAAGAAGAAGAAGAGGACAUCUCAGAGCCAGAGGAAGAGUUUGAGCUGGACGAGCCAGAAUCUCCUGAGCCAAGGAAGAAGAGACACCGUCCAUCACCUGCACAAGGAGGACAAAGAAAACGAGGCCGACCAGCAGUGAACAGAGAAGGGGCCAUGGAACAACAGUUUAAACCUGCAGAACGAACUGAGAGAAGAAGGAAAAGAAGUGAACAUGAACAGGAGAGAAUGGAAAAGGAUCUCGAGGAACGUAAGGAACUGGAGCGGCGGGUAGAUGAAGAAAUUCAGAAGCAAGAAUCAUUAAUAAGCGUUGCUGGUGUUGACAGCAGGGCCAAGCGACGCUGUGUUAUUAUGCGGGAACAAAUGAGCAAGAAAAAAGAAUGGUGGGAGGAGGAGGGGCUUGGGUCCGAGUCAGAGGAGGAUAAUGAAAGGGAUUUAGAUUCUGAUGGCUCAGAUGGGCCCAGACGCCGCAAGAAAUUAAAAGUUCCAAAGCCAGUGGAAAUGCCUGAGCCUCCGAACAGAAUUUACGUGUUUUCAACCAGCCUUGCAAACAGAGCAGCAGAGGCUAUGCAAAUGGGCCGAGUAGAGAGCAUCACUGCAUUUCACAGAGCGCAGCCAUCAAGCUCGCCAUUUCUUAAACUCGAACAAACGAACUCAGUGAACAUGUUUGGCAAACAAAAACCAUUCUAUCCGCAGCAGUACUCCAUGAGGGGGUCUGGUGCUCCCGUCAUGUCAGGUUAUUCAGGAGUGCCGGGUAGCCAAUCAAAUGCCAGGUCAGGUUACAGUACGUCACACUGGGACCACAUGCAGCAGCAGGCACAACAGCCGCUGUACAAGGACAGGCAGCGUAUGCAGACUCAGUCACAGGCUAUGGAAGAUAUUCAUCAGUUGUUGUUUGGAAACUCACACGGUGGGAACAGUCAAGGAUCUGGGGCAGGAAUGAAUGGAAUGUACUCCAGAAGUGGGUAUAACCAGCAGGGAGGAGUAGGAGAACAGUCUCCCUCCUACGCUGGUUAUCCUCGGACUGGGGCGAGUGGAACGCCACAGCAUCAAGGAGCUUAUAUGGAGAGACGCCCACCGGACAUUCGCGGGCAAGUGCAGCAGUCCCACUUUCCCGCUUUCAGCCAGCAACCGAAUCAGCAACAGCAAGGGUAUUUCCAGAGGCCCAGGCAUCUUGGAGGACUUCAGUCGCAAGGAAAUUCCAAUUCUCCUUCGUCAGAUCCAAUAGGAGCCGGGGUUCGCUCACCACCGCCUCCUUACCCAGGAGGCAGACCACCAGACUCCAGACACGCACGUAACAGCCCAGUACCAUCUCCAACAAGUACAGGAUCACCGCACACUCCGCACACCCCAUUAACGCCACAGACACCAAGAUUUCCAGGCCCGUCACCUAACGAACCCAGUAAGCCGCCAUUCUCACCUUCCCAUCCUCAGGGUAGCAUGAGCGGUCCGAGCUUGGCUAAUUAUCCUGUCCAAGCACAACAGCAACAGCCUUCUGUAGUGUCAGGUGAUGAAAGGCCGUUAAAUUCUCAAUCUCGGCCAGGCUUUAUAGAACUUUCUACCAAAACACUCUCACACGGAAUACAGAAUCCAUUUUCGUCAGUGAUGGGUAAUUAUAAUCAAGUCCAGUCACCUUUAGAUGGUCCGCCGCGGAGACCUGAGGAGAACAAGUCGCCUGCAUUUGGAGCGGCUGGUAAUCACGACAGUCCUUUACACUCACCCGCUGACCACACGCCGUCCAUUGCAUCUCAUUACGGCAAUGCGCCGCCGCCAAACAAGAGUCCAUUUAUGCGCCCAGUCGGUCAAGCCACUGCUCAUAAUCCUCACAGUCCAUAUGCAACAUCAGCUUCCAUCCAAGGACCAAAAUCGUUUUCAGUGGAAAGCCUCACCGCACCAAGCCAGCCACCUUUAGACAAAAGUAGCAUUCCACCAUCACAGUUAUCUGAGCAGCCAAUGCCACAAUACAGCGGUCUAUAUUUCCCUUCAAAUAAGUAUCCAAUGUUUGGACAGCCACAGUACCAAUAUCCUAGUCCUAUGCAGCAUCCUGGAGCAUUCUACAACUCUCAACUGACGCCUAACAUGUACCUGGGAAGGGCCUCUCUACCGGUGUACCCGCCUAAUAGGGACUCAGGUCUUUAGUCCAAGGCUUGCUUUGGCUUAAUGCUCUUUACACGGUCAUUUUAGAAGCGUGGAGGUGUUGAUUUAAUACGUGAAGCAAUGGAUGAAGUAACAAUAUCAACAGUGCUUUCGUGAACCUGAAAGAUGUUUCAGACAGGAGAUCGAAUAACCAAGUGCUCAGAGUACUAGAACAGUUAUUGAGUGACAAAUAGCGACAAUUGAAAGCGGAAAUGACAAUUUGCAGCUUUGUUGAAUCGCCGUGUUGACUUUUCGGUUAAAUGAAUCAAGAUUUCAGUUGCUAAACAUUUACCAGCGAAUAUCAAGCUACGCAUACACAGCAAUCACUGGCGAGGAUGCCGUUAACUCUCUGACAGGAAGGAAUGACGUGAAACUUUGAAGGAACGCUCAGUAUUUCAAGGGCAGUCCCUCGCAAAGAAGACAGCAUUGUUAGACAACAUUACCAUGGCAACAUAAGUACAAAGUACAUAUUGAUUGGCACCGCUUCAAUUGAGACUAAGGGUUAACUUGCGAGCUGCUAGCCGUCAAUCAUGAGUUCAGUUCACUGAAUACUGAUUGUAGGGGAAUUUGGCAUGUAAUUAAAAUCUCUCGGAAAUAUUCGUCAGUUUGAUAGCAGCUUAAUAAUUUAACCGUUGGUCUGUAGUUGCUGCCAUAGAGAAUGGUUCAAACCAAGAACUCACGGCGUUGGACACAUGAGAAAUGAGAGUGAUGUGCUCAUUCCAGCCGUAUUUUGUUUUCUCCAGAGCAACAUUUCCGUACUCACAUACGCGCUGCAGCUAUUUUAGAAUUUGAUUUGACGCCCCCUAUAACUAGAGGCAGAGUUUUUUCUUGUUUAAGUGUUUCAUGUUUAUCAUCCUGUUUGUUACACGUUGGUUUUUUCACAGUAGACUUGUCAAGUCGUGAUUUGGAUCACUCAGUAGACGGCUAUUCCGUGGUGAAAAUUCGGGUCGUCACGCAAGGCAAAAAAAAGUCGAGGAAUCGUUGCGUGACGACUCAAAGAAGGCUCAUAAUUGGACCAAACUAUGAUUGACAGUUUAAGAGUGUGUUUUCCACCCAUUAGGUUUUAAGAGUUGAACCGAAAGCAAAACAGAGGUAAAAAAGUAAAAUGACACGUAUCUGUUUUUAAACAAGAUUAGAAGGAAGCAUUAUGUUAGAUGAACUAAACUGCUACUAGCAACUAGCUUGGUCCUGGUUAUAACGUUUUUAAGCUGUAGGCUACACUCACGAAACACACCCUCGCUGUGUUUCAUUGUGCCAUAGUUGGUAGUCCCCAUUACAAAUUAUGAUUGGGCCAAUGGCGGGAGUAAGGACUUCCAUAAAGAUAUGGGUUUUUUUUUAGGCAGCUCGUAGUAAAGUUACAUUUAAGAGCGAUUUUUAAUUAAUUUUCGUACCUAAUUAAGUAUUUUGGUUUUUAACAGCUAUGUUUUGAACUCUUACGGACUAGAGAAAACGUUUUGUGAUAUCAGCCAAUUAAUUAUUACAGUUAAAACGCAACUUAAGCGAGCUUUCGCGCUAUUGCCAUGUGCUCCAACUUUUGAACAUGGCAAAUUGAUGAACCGAACUCCUUCAUUCAAAUCAAGGUGUCUGUCUUCAACGAAACAGCUGUCUAUUGGAAGAGUAGCUUGAAAAUCGUCUACGAACUUAAUUUUCUUAAAAAUUCUCUUAAAAUUUCUGUGCUGAACGGAUUCAAGCAACCAUAGCGGUUUUGCGUUUUUGCCAGAGAUGAAGGAGUUCUUUUCAUAUACUGCAAACGAAAUGCUUUAUUUUAACAUUAUUUUAGUUCAUUUCAUGAUUAUUGUAUUUGAAUUAAUUUAGCGCUGAAAAGUUCCUGGAGCUCUUGCUUGGUGGAAAAAAUGGAAAAUUUAUUUGCAGUACUAUGUCAGGAAUGCAUGAAUAGACUUCAGAGUAGAAUAUCCUCACCCAAAAGGAUACAACAGGGACAGUUCGUGGAAAGUAAUCGGAAAUUAACGAGAAUUCUCCGAUCAUUUCCGAUCACAUGCAUCGGCCUUGGUAAACGUUAUUGGACGUGCUGCAUUUGAUUACUUGUGAACGAUUUAUUGUGAUCGCUAGGCAAUACUUAGCGUUGAGUGUGCCCUUGCCAGGCAGCAGUUUUAAUUUUGACAGUCUCGUGACAUUUCUUUAGUAUAGGAAUUUCUCCGGCAGAUACGUUAAACCAAAUUAAUAAAUUGAUCACACAUUCGUUCUUUCAAUCCGGGACCGAGCCUUAACUGCCUCAGGCAGUCAGCUAUUUCUAUUAAAACAAGUAUAACAAAUUUUAUAAUCUUAAUAACGAUGGCUUGCCUCAAGGGAUCAAAGGCUUUCGUGGAAAAGGCCUUGGGUUUUAUCAAGAUACAGUAAAAUACCGAAGUUUAUAUUGUGUAUGUUUAAACGAAAUGUUUUUUGCAGUCUGUACGCGCGCGCCGGCACUCCAUGCUGUGGUGUAUAUAUUUUUAAACAUACUGUUUGAUAUUUUAUGACAAAAUUCACCAACACUUUCUGGUGACGGCAGCAAACUGUCGUCGCAUUGUUCGCGUAUUACUUUAGACAGGAAUCACUGCUUCAAGUUGGUGUAUCGACAGUCCAGAAGAUUAAACUCCUAGUAUAUAAUCAACAA